AAGGCAACCGAAGGGGCGGGAACUUUGCGUAAGUGUCCACUAUUCUUCAGGUUAAGGCAACGCGCGGAUGAAGACAUCGAUGGUGUUUUUCUCAACCUCAGUCAAAAGGUUUCUUUUCAUCUCUGGCCGGUGUGAGCGGCACCAUGUGCGGUAGCUGGUGGAGCAGUGCAGCGGUGACCCACGGGCUGAUAGCCCUGUUCGCCAUGGGCUCCUGGAUUUCCGUCAACAGUCUGUGGGUCGAGCUCCCCGUGGUUGUCAGUGUGCUACCCGAAGGAUGGAACCUGCCAGCCUAUCUCUCAGUGCUAAUAGCAUUUGGGAACCUUGGCCCAAUAGCAGUGACCAUCACACACCACUGCGCUCCAGGACGUCUAAACGAACGCCUCGUCAUCCACUGCAUCCAGCUGCUGGCAGUGCUUUCGUCCGCCCUUCUGGCUGCCUUCUGGUCAUACACCGUCGCAGUAGCCGGAGAAGAGAGGUCCCUAGCGUUCUUCCUCCUCACCUUUGUGUUGUCUUUGGUUUGCUGCACAUCCAACGUCACCUUCCUGCCUUUUAUGUUUCGUUACCCCCCUCAGUAUAUUCGGACUUUCUUUAUUGGUCAGGGCUUCAGCGCCUUGUUCCCUUGUGUCGUGGCUUUAGGGCAAGGCGUUGGCAAGGUGGAGUGUAAAAGUGUGAAUGGCACCAUACAGCCAGAGUAUUUAGAAGAGAACUUUCCUGCGCACAGCUUCUUCGGGUUCUUGUGUGUCAUGCUGUCAGUCUCGUCUCUGAGUUUCUGGGCUUUGACACGAAGACCGACCGAGUCACAGGAAGCUGCCCGGCCAGAGGAGUCCGAUGAAGCGGCGACAGCCAAAAGUGGAGAGGAAACACACCCACUGCAGAGCGGAGGAACGCCAGUGUCUGAGCAGGCGGUGCAGGUGGAGGAACAGCGCCCUGCUCAGACAUUUUGGACACAGAGGAACAUUUACCUGCUGUCACUGCUCGCUGUCUCCAACGCCCUCACCAACGGGGUCCUGCCGUCUGUGCAGAGCUUCUCCUGUUUGCCCUACAGCACCAUGGCCUUUCACCUCUCCGUGGUCCUUGGCAACAUAGCAAACCCGCUGGCCUGCUUUCUAGCUAUGUUUGUUGUCCUGAGGUCCUCUGCUGGUCUGGGCUUCUUGUCUUUAGGAGGGGGAGUAUUUGCUGCAUAUCUCAUGGCAUUAGCGGCACUCAGUCCCUGUCCUCCACUCCGAGGAAGCCCAGGAGUUGGCGUGGCUUUGGUGGUCAUCUCCUGGAUCGUUUUCACUGGCCUCUUCUCCUAUGUGAAGGUGGUGAUCGGGACUUUUCUUCAUGAGGCAGGUCACGCUGGCCUGCUGUGGUGCGGCAUCUCUAUCCAGGCCGGCUCCCUUAUCGGAGCCUUCACCAUGUUCCCUCUGGUCAACGUCUAUCACGUGUUUGCCCGCGCUCAAGAAUGCGUGGAUAACUGCAGUUAGCACAUGUGAGACAUAUAAUGACCUUCUGUUUUUUUGUUUUUUGUUUUUUUUUUUUUAAAUACACAAUUCCCGUUCAUGUGUCACAGGAAAUGUCUGUUCUGCCCUAUUUUUUGGGUUCCUGUUCCUGCGUCAAGCACCUGAUCUGUCUUGGCCUCAUCUUUCAGGCCGCCUCUGAGGCAUCCUCUCCUGAUUCGGAGGCCUCUUAGUCUGUGGAGGUCAAAGCUCUCCCAGAUAAUGGCAGCAUUGUGUUGCUGCACAUUGGCCGAGGGCAUGUCAAAUGCGAAUGAUGCAGUAAUACCACCAGUGCUUUGUGUGGUAUUUUAUAAGUAGUUUCGGUACUUGAAGUUGUACAGUUACAAACACAACAGCUGACUGACCCUCCCCUCCCCCCUCCCACUACAACAAGCCGUGUGAAAACUUGUUCGCUCAGGGAAACAAAACAUUAACUUAUUCAUCCACAUUUACUGCUCCUGGAUGUACUUCAUGAGAAAUAAUUCACAAUUUUUUUCAAAGAAACUAUAGUCUAAUCAAUACUAUUUUCAGAUAUCUGGCUACCUCGUCCCUUUGAUUCUCUGUAAGGAUUAAGCAUUAAUUACAGUCUGAUAUGCAGUCAGUUGUGCUGAAGUCAGUGUUCUUUUAACACUACGUUCUGUAAUGCAUUAACACUUUAUAGAUGCGGUGACAUGUCUUGAUUUAAUACCAAAAUUAUUUCUCCGUGCCUGAAAAAAACACAGAAUUUCAGUUUCCUUUUAGAUUAGAUUUGACUGUUUAAUCUCAAAUGUUUUAUGCAAGCAUUUUUCGUCUUUUAUGUGUGUUUUUGUAAUUUAUUAUAUUUUUAAUUUUGGAUUUGUAUUAAUUCGAAAUAUACAGCAAUGUUAUGCUACCUUAAUGGAACAACAUGUGGCCUAGAUGAGUAGAAAGUAAAGAGUAAGUAGUUUUGGUAAACAAGGGAUCAUGUCAGUCUUUAUCUUGGAUGUGCACUAUUACCCUAAAAGGUAAUUUUGCUAACCAAGCUGCUAAAGUGCAUCAGAUUAAAAACUUCAUAAAACUCUGAAGAAGUUUACAGAGGAAGUUGCCUUAACUGUAUUGUGGUAAUCCUGCUUUUUUAAAAUGUAUCAUCAAUAAUCUGUUCAAUUCUGUGCUGAUUUUAAAUGGACUGAUAAGCGUCUGAUUGGUUAAGUGAUUGAUGGUGACUUUGGUCCCUUUUUUUGUAUAUGACUGUUUUGGGGUUUUUUUAAGCUGAUUGUCAUGUGACCUCAAAUGGGUUAAUGAGAGAAGUUAUGACCUGACUGGUAAACAAUAAAUGAAAAUGUCCCAAAGCUUGUUUUGU